UCAUUUUCUGUUCCUCUCGGAUCAUUCAAACACAUUUCUAGAGUGAACUAACAUCUUCGCAAUAUGUAUAGACACUGUAUUUCCAUUGUAAUAUUGUUAGUAAGUUUUUCACAUCUUUCCUUCCUUAAGAGUAUUUCCAAAGAUGAGCAAAAGGACGACGCCUAUAAUUUGACUGAAUAUGAUACUAUCUAUGAUCAAAAGCAGAAUGGGUCUCUCAACGUUAGAGUGAACGUAGAUGGUAUCAAUGUAUUGUGGCAGCCAGAUUCUGAAUUUUCAUAUGAUUUAAUAGAUGCUUUGAUAGAAACAGCAGCAAUUGGUGUGAUAGGAAAUAUCCCUUGGCCAAGUUCUACAGAAGCGCCUGAAGUUUUGGAGGACAAAAUGAGACAAAAUACAACACAGAAGGAAAUCUCUCAAUUGAACAAUUCUCGAACAAGCGACUGAGUGAUUAUAUUCCAUUAUUGAAUAUAAUGAAUUACGAUAUAAUUUGUAUUAUUUUAAGAAUAAAUUUUUUUU